UACUGAGUGGUGUGCGAAGGUACAGCUUUCACUCAAGAACAUUGCUUUUCUCUAAAAGCCGACAUGAACACCACCACUGAGGAGGUGGGGGAGCUACAGGUGGUAAAGUCACUGCAGGUGUACGCUGUGCUCUUUGGCUGCAUCAUGGCCCUUGGUCUGCCUCUCAACGCUGUUUCUCUGUGGAUUCUGCUUCGUCGCCACAGCCUCAAGUCACCCAACACCGUCUUCAUGGUAAACCUGGCAAUCUCAGACCUGCUGCUCAUCAUCUCCUUACCCAUGAGGGUCUAUGUCUACGCAACAGGUAACUGGCCUUUUAGCAGCACAGCGUGCCUCGUUACGGCGGCACUCUUUUACACCAACAUCCGCUCCAGCUCUAUCUUCAUCACCUUCAUCAGCGUGGACCGGCUGCUGGCUGUAGUUUAUCCUCUGAGGUCACGGCAUCUUCGAACCUCAACCAACGCCUGGAAAGGUGUUGGACCCAUUUGGCUGAUUAUGUUGGUGGCAAGUAUCUCAGUGACAGUGAAGCUUUCAGGACGACCCCCACAUAACCACACCUGUUUUGUACCACAUGAUACAAAUGAUACUGCUCCUAAAAUAUCACCAGCUGCUUAUCUUGAUCUGGUGUUAACGUCCUCCCUGCUGGCAGUCAACGUUGUGUGCACUGCUAUGGUGUUGUGGACUCUACGCAGUCAUCUCAGUGAGUCUGCAAAGGUCAAGAACAAGUUGAAUGUAAUGCUGAUUUUUGUGCUUAACUUGCUCAUAUUUACUGUAUGUUUCUUACCCAUGCCAAUUAUUCAGGUUACAGGGUUGCAAAGUUUGCCAAUCACAUGUCUUUCUGCUGUGAACUGCUGCCUGGAUCCACUGUUGUAUUAUUUUUCUUUUGAUGCCUUCUGGAAGAAACAAGAUGUGGAACCAUCAUGAGAACAGUAGAAAAAGAACAUAUUUACAUGAGGUGGUGUCAGAUCUCCAGUGGGAUGUUGCGGUUUUCUUGUUUUCCUGCAAAAUAUGGAGCAUAGAUGUACAUUUGGCGACAAGCUAGACUAUGUGAUGCUUUUACAUUUGUCUUUUAAGUGUGGCCCCUUCAAGGUGUCCCAAAGUCUAACAUAAACCUGCAAGAUCUCGAAUAUGUGACUUUUUUUUUCAUUUUAAAGAUGUUAGAAAACAAUUUUUUUCCUACUUUUUUUAAAAACAGUUUUCUUCAGCUGCUUAUGGGUUCUUAUUUAUUGUACAGAUACGACUCAUCUUCUCAUCAUUUACCAGAAUGUAAAAAGACCUUUGACAUGGUUUAUCAUGUUGCAUUUAAUACUGGUGCUAAUUAUGUUCUCCAUCACCGUGAGCUGUAUGAGGAUGUUGUUGGUCGUCUCUCUCUGUAAAGAGUAACGCCUAAUUGCUGACGUUUGACUCACUCUUAUCUUUAAUGAAAAUCAGUUUUUAAAUGUAAUGUUCUUUUACAUCUAUUGAUUCAUUUGUUUUCAGAUCUUAAAUGCUUUCUUUAUUUUACUUUAAUAUUUUUAUCCAAGUUUCUUACUCUUGUGUGUACAUCUUUAGUUUUCUUACUUGGCUGCAUUGUAGAUGAGGCCUCCACACUUCAAUGUAUUCCAAGUUUAAAUAAAGAUUGUAAACAACGUUUAACCAU